ACAGAUAUCCAGUAACUGGUGUCAGGAAAUUAAUGAACAGUGUGGCCCAAGUGUUUCUUCUUACCUCAUGAAAUCACUUAUUUACGACCAGUUAGCAAAGACUAAGUGAGUCUCAGCUCCUCCUUAAGAAUGGAGAAAGGUUACCAAUCCUCUGACAGUGGAGUGUACGACAUAGUGGACAUCGCAUUCCCAAUUGAAUACCCCCGCGAGCCUGGCAAGGAUUACAGUGGCGGAGCUCCUCACCAAGAAGCGGGUGCCGGACAUUCAGGAUUCCUUCCCCCUGGCAUACAAAUCCCGGCGCCCCUGCCGUCAACCCAGCCUGAGCACGUGGUGCCAAUCAGUGGAGUCUCUGGAGAAGAUGAAGAGUACCCCAUGGGCAACCAGGAGCGUCGGAUAGCCCUCAUCUUGAACCAUGAAUUCUUUGACGAAGACGCCCUUCAUAACAGAGAGCACACAGAGACCGACAGAAACGCAUUGAUGCAUGCAUUCACAACACUCGGCUUCGAAGUACGCUGUUUCGACGAUCUGACAUAUAGCCAAAUUCGCCAACAACUCAGACGAGUGGCCGAAGAGGACGACGUCAACUGCGUUGCAGUGGCUGUGCUUUCGCAUGGCGCGGCGAAUAAUGUGCUGUUUGCAAAAGACCGGGAGUAUCAUGUCAGUGAUCUGCUGGAACCUUUCAGCCCCGCCCACUGCCCACGCCUUGUUGGGAAACCCAAACUCUUCUUCAUACAGGCGAGUAGGAUAUGGAUGGCUACAGCUCCGUUACGCUAUAGGGAGAAGACCUCAUAUCGUACUCCACCUGUCCAGGCGAGUAAGGUAUGGAUGGCUAAAGCUCCGUUACACCUUAGGGAGAAGACCUCAUAUCGUACUCCACCUGUCCAGGCAAUUACGGUAAGGGAGGUUUCUGAGAGUGAUAUCUUCCGAGGCCCUGUUAAUACAUAUGGUGAUGUCCUCAUAUCGUACUCCACAUCUGAAGGUUCACAGUCAUUCCGCAACCUACAAAGUGGUGCAUGGUACGUGCAGAUCCUGUGCGCUCAACUGGAGGCCCACGGUAGAACUAAGGACUUAGUGUCGCUGCUCACAGACGUGAACCGCAUCGUGAGCGAACAGUUUCGCUCGUGCAUCCCUCAAAAUCCAGAGUUACAUAACAAGAUUCAGGAACCCUGCUUCACUUCUGCCUUGAAACGUCGAUUGUAUUUCCGGUAGAGUAAUCAUCCUGGACAGCCAAAGUUCCCAACCAGCCAAAAUUCCCAACCAGCCAAAGUUCCCAACCAGCCAAAGUUCCCAACCAGCCAAAGUUCCCAACCAGCCACUACUUGCCAUUGCAGGCUUGUUACUGCAUUCAUUGGAAUCAACACCAAUGCAUUCACUGUACCAGAAGAUUAGUCAACCAGAUCGAACGUUGCCCACAAACAAUCUUCUUCCUCUUUUGUUUUGGCCAAUAGCAUGAUUUUUGGCAGAUCAUUAUUUCUGAUCUAUUGGCACUAAUCUUUCAGGAGCUUAACACUACAGUUUUGUUUCAUUAACCUUUACAUCCAUUAUUAUUAGGAUAUAUUUACACAAAUGAAAGUAUGAGCCUAAAGGUAAUACAACAUAAUAUGUAUCGAAAUGGACAAUGAUUGCGUCUUGUUAAAUCUUUCCUCAUCUCACUGUAAAUAAUGAUAUGUAGUUUGUUUCUUUCUAUAAAUAUCGGUAAGAUUUCUUAGAAGUAACUUUGUGUGAACCAUACCAAUCCUUACUAAUGUUAGCUCUUGUCUUUGAAAUUUGCUGUAAAGUACACUACAACUGGACUCAGUGGAGAAUGUCUUAAUAAACAGCACAGCACAUCAGUAAAAGAUAUAGAAAAUUCUCAUUAAAUUAAAGAGUCACAGAAGUGUAUACAGGGCAGAAUAACAAAUGCAUCAUGUCUACCUUCUCUUGAAAGUGCCUUGUGAAUGAAAACUUCAAGGUCAUUCUUUGAAUUCACCAGUGAUAUCUCUUACUAAAUGUGGUAUGAUUUUGCAGCGAUUUUUCAAGGUUUUGAUCUACAUCAAACAUCUGCUGUGGGUAUAUGAUAUACAGCAAUAUAUUUCGACUUGUAAGCUUAUUUACUAACUCAUUCAAUUAAGUAUCCAACAAAACCGAUAUUCAAUUAAAGUAAAUUAAUUUGCAAAAACAGGCAUUGAUUUUAUGUUGAACAAUAUUUCGGAAAUGAAGAUACUAUCACGUUUGACAAAUUACUAUUUCAUCGCCUUUAACAUGGAUCUUUAACAAUUUUAUAUUCAAAAUGACUGCUUACUUUAUGAAGAACUAUAAACCCUUUUCUGAAUUUGUAAGUGAACAGACUGAUUUACUGAAUACAAGACUUGGGUUUCGAAGGAGUGACUUUCUAAACCACAUGCCACCAUCCAUGUUUGUGUUUCCUAAGAUUACAUUAAAUCGUUUAAGACGAAUUCCGAUAUGGUUCUCCUAAAAACAUCAGAGCUCAUUUCGCUGCUCUUCCUUACCCAGUCCGCAGAUGUGCUCCGUCUCUGAUGACAACUUCGUCAUUGACAAUUACGUCCUAAAGUUUCUUCCAUACUCCCCGACUUACACUACAGCGAAAUGUAUUAAUGAGGUGUUGUAGAGGCAGAUUUCCUCAUUUUCUACAUUUACUUUAGGAUAAAAUCAUGAUAAUUCGCUAAAGGUGCUCUAGAUACACCGAUGAGAAAAAAAAAACAUAUAAAGUAUAAACUCAAAUACUUGUCCUUAUCUACGAGGCGCGUUCAAUAAGAAGUAAAAUAAAUUGCUUUAAGCAGGCUGGUGUCAUUCAGGAUUGCAAUACUUCUACAUCUACAUCCAUAAUCCGCAAGCGACUUGACGGUGUGUAGGGGAGGGUACUAUGAGUAUCUCUAUCGGUUCUCCCUUUUAUUCCAGUCUUGUAUUGUUCGUGGAAAGAAAGAUUGUCGGUAUGCCUCUGUGUGGGCUCUACUCUCUCUGAUUUUAUCCUCAUGGACUUUCUGCGAGAUAUACGUAGGAGGGAGCAAUAUACUGCUUCACUCCUCGGGGUAAAGGAAUGUUCUCGAAACUUCAACAAAAGCCCGUAAUGAGCUACUGAGCGACUCUCUUGCAGAGUCUUCCACUGGAGUUAUCUGUCAUCUCCGUAACACUUUCGCUAUUACCAAAUGAUCCUGUAACAAAGCGCGCUGCUGUCCGUUGGAUCUUCACUAUCUCUUCCAUCUACCCUAUUCUAACUUGGUGGUUGUACCACAGUGGCUCUUUUCCAUUUCUUAUGAUCUUGCUUGGCACAUACUCAUGUAAUGUAUAUUCAUAACAUUCUCCAUUCUUUUAGCUACAGAAUCUUAUUUUUCAACAUGAUCUUCGUUCAAUGCGACGGAUUUACACCACCUUACUGGAAGAUUCUGUAUGUUCGCAUGGCGACGUCGGUGCAAACGUCUUUCCGCACCAACAGAGACGUCCAGUGUGCAGUAAGGUGCAUGAUUGUGAUCCGUCGAUCACCGCGUAUAAGAGUUCCCAUUUUCCAAUAUUACAGAAGUCACAGCUGUGAACGGCCGGCCGCCACGCGGGAGAUUAGACAGGUUUGAGAGGUCUUGUUGCAACAAUAUCACACACCUUGCCCGACGACUCACCGUGACUUUGUUCAAUACCAUAUCUCCGUAAGCAUUCUGCAAGGGUAGACAUUCCGCAAGUGUAGACAUUCUAGAAGCGCCUAGGAAUACCUGCAAUGCUCAGAUUUUCCGCCAAAAGAGACUUAAUGACAGCUCUCUGCUUGGAAUGCACCUCUGUUGCAGACGCAAUUUUGGAGGCUACGUAUAGGGGCUGAAGCGGGAAUAUUUCACGAUGCCCCACAGCAAAUGCUACAUUUUUUCAACCGUAACUAGUCGGGAAAAAAAUCUGUUGCAUUACUUAUUGAACACCAUCGUUACCAUUUGUUUGUUCUGUUUUAAAACUAUUGUUUAUGCUAAUGUGGCUUUCAUCUACAACUGAGUAAAUAAAAUUGUUUCUGGAAAACCUUGUA